AUGACGACCAAGAUUGACACGGCCUCGUCGCUCAGCUCCCGCCAAAAGAGCUGCAACGCUUGCGUCCGCGGCAAGCGCCGCUGCGACAAGCGCACACCGCGGUGCACGCGCUGCGCGGCCAAGGGCCUCGACUGCGUCUACCACAAGAUGCCCCCGUCGUCGUCGUCGACGACGACGACGGCGCAGAACAGCAGCUGCGGCGGCAGGACGCCGCAGCUCACGCCGGGGCAGUCCACCACUGGCAGCGCGUCACCCGAGAUGGCAGAUGUGCCCGACUUUGACAUGGGCUUCGACUAUGAGAGCCUCGGCACGGAGACGAGCCCUGAGAGCCUGUGCCAUAACGUGCCGGACCAUCUUCCUCUGCAGCAGGACCAUCACCCUCAUCAUCAGCAUCAUCAUCAUCAGCAGCAGCAGCAGCAGCAGCAUAGCAGCGCCAACCCUUUACAUCUCGGCCCGGGCUUGGACUUUGACAUGGUUGAUUUCAUGAACUCGGCGCCGCCGCCCACCACCACCACCACCCACGACCCCACGCUAGGCGGCGCCGCCGCGACCGCUGCGAAUAACAACUUCUUUGCGAACCUAUUCGAGAGCAUCAACGCUGACACCACUACCGCCUCCUCCAAGCUCGACAUACCUCCUGUCCCAUACAUCAGCACCGCGCUCGUCGCGCAGCCUCCCAAGACGCCCGUCCGGGACCUCUCUUUGCUGCAGCGGCCCCUGGUCUGCGUGGGCAUCACUGACUCCCUCGCCGUGCACGAUCCGCGGUCCUGGAUGGGCUACACGCUCGCGGCGCUGAAAUCGAUGCACGACACGUUUGCGCGCACGCAGGCGCUUCCCUUUUUACACCCGCGCCUCUGGGCCACGCGCCUCCCCAAACCCAUCCUCGACGUCUUUGCCGCCGCCACGGCGUAUGCGCACCGCAGCCCGCACAACCGCGCCUGGAUCAUGAAGCUGCUCUCCGACACGGCCAUCAGCGUGCACCGCGACGGCGAGAGCGCGGACUCGCCGCGGGACAAGCUCGCAAGGGUGCAGGCGCUCGUGAUUCUGGACUCGAUGCGCGUGUUUGACGGGGACGUUGGGCUGCGCGCCGCGGCGGAGCGCGAGGCGCACGUGCUGGGCGCGUGGAUCGGCGAGCUCCAGCAGGUGGUGGAGGCGCUCGAGGCCGAAGCCGCGGCGGCGGCGGCGGCGGCGACAGUGGACCCGUACGUGCCGUCGCGGGAGAGGCCGCCAAAGUCGUGGGACGCGUGGAUCUUGCUGGAGAGCGCGCGCAGGACGCUCAUGUUUUCUUGCGCCUUUGUCUGCAUCAACAAGCUGCUCAAGAAUAUCGACGUCGGCCAGGCCAUGUGGCAGAAUCUGCGCUUCACGGCCAGCAGGCACCUGUGGGAGGCGCCGUCGUCGGUCGAGUUUUUCCGCGCCUGGCGCGACAAGCCGCAGUACUAUAUCAGGGAUUUUGAGUUUAAGGAUUUCUGGUCGUAUGCGCGUGCGGACGACAUGGAUGAGUUUACAAAGAUUAUGCUAAUGCCGCAAAUUGGAAUGGAUACCUUGGAGCACUUUAUGGCCGGAGAGGAUCUCUCGCAUGUGCCUGCGGCGUAA